CUGCUGCGCCGGCGUUGGCAGCGCACAGCCGCUACCAGCUGACACGCCGACCGGUGCGCGGCGCGUGUGCGCCGGGCGCCGACGGCCGCCGUCUGGCAGCAACAGCGCUGCCAGCGGGGAGGCCCGCCCUGCCGCCGCCGCCACUGCCCCAGCCGCCCGAGCCGCCGCCGCCGCCGCCGCCGCCAGCGGAGGACCGGCCGUCUAGUCGCUCCGGCCGCCGCUCGCCGGCCGUGGAAGUGCCCCGGCCGCACGGACACUCAGGUACCUCGCGAUCGGCACGGAGCCACACCACGGAGAGGAACCUACCUGCAGUGUCAUCCAACACCCCCGCUGCGGCGGCCGUCUCCCCCACUCCGCCGGCGCCGCCCGCCGCUCCGACUUUGGCCUGGCUGCCGGCCCUGGAGCGUCUGGAGGUGCGCCUUCAGAUCAGCGCGGUCACCGUCACCGUUCCGGCCGGUCCAGAGAGCGGCGGCGGGGCGGCCGGGGACGCGGAGCGGACGGCGGACCCGCUCCCCGCCGCGGCCGGCCACCACCCGGCGCCGGUACCGGGCCGGGUCCGCAGCAGCAGCGACUCGGGCCACCGGUGCUGCCUGCACGGACAGCUGGUCUCUGUGCUGCCGUCAGUCCGACUGGACAGCGCUGCGCUCAAAUCGGCCGCCCUGCCGACAGUGCCGGAGGUGCCCGUCCGACUCACCAGACCUUCAGCGGCCGCAGCCGGCUCCCAGCUGCGCUCGCCGAGCCAGACGCAGCAGGUGAUGUCGCCGUCGGUCGUGGUGCGCGACUGUGCGCCCAUGCCGCGUCCAACGCCUCCCCCCCCCCCUCCACAACGCGCGCUGUAGCGCCUGCCGAGCGCCGGCUGCUGCCGGGCCCGCCGUCGUACUUUUAUGGCCUUGCGCCGUCAGUCGCCAGCUGGUGGUGGCGACCCGUGAUCGCUCGCGUACGUUCGCCGGCGCGCCCAUUGCAGAGAAGGGGUUCGCGCAUGUCCAUUAUAGAGGGGCGCCCUUGCGGAGGCGGUACGCGCUACGCUGUAGACACUACUGCUUGUACCUGGUUGGGUAGCUCCUUAGCACAUUGUUUGUUCAUGGAUGUAAAUACAAGUUACAUGACUGAUGAGUGUAAUGCUUACAUUUUUGAACUAAGAAAUGCCACAGGGCAGGU